AUGACUAAUAACACGUUGCUGCGUUUGCUACUGGUACAUAAAGGAUUUGAAACAGCUGAAGAAUGGGAUUCUAUACUAAAUAAUGAUCGAGUAAUGAAGGAUAUAGCUAUGGAGAAUGCAUUAGUGGACAUGGAAGAGCAGAAGAAGAGGUCUUUAUUGCUGAUCACUGCUAUUGAUGACGUCGUACCGUAUCUACCCGAAUACAGCACCGUAUCCAUGAAAUUAAAAGCAUUGAUGCAAUACAGUGAGAAAGCUUACUCAAUUCAAGUGAAUCGACUUGUACAGGGAUGGCUACAGCAAAUCCAGCAUACCAGUCGUUUUCGAAAAUGGAUACUAUUUGACUGGCUAGAAUGUAGCCAUUUGAUGUCAACGGAUCCACUGAUGCUAUUGCAAUGGAGACACGCGCUAGUAGUCGCAACGAUAAAUGAGACUAUCAAGUCAUUGAAAAGAAAGUUGUUGGGGUUUCUUAAUGCAGUGAACGAAACGAUGGAAGCUCAAUUUGAAGGUGACACGGUACUUACUGCAACACAACAGGCAGUACAAUCACUUGAGACUGUUGAGAAACUAUUUGAUUUCUACUUCUUACACGCUGAGCAGCUUGCAAGUUGCAGCUUUCUCUGUGCUGCAAAGGUGCAUGCAUUAGCUGUAAGAACCCAAAGGAGCGCACUCAAACUUUCACAGGAUGAAGAGGUGAUGGUGAGGUUGCGCUGGUCACUGAUGGUGAAGCCAAUGUUGUUUAAACCUCUGCUGCAACACGCAGUCGCAAUGAAAACGAUUGCCGACUCUAUCUCAAGUAGCCAACUAUGGACAAGCACGACAUUAAGUGAGUUUGUAAGUAUGGUGGAUAUGACUAGUCGAGAGAAGCUUUUGGUGAAGAUGGCUGCAGCAAGAGACGAUUUGGAACGUGCGUUCAGCCACAAUGCCAAGCACAUUUACAGCACUACCUCAAAACCAAGAGGCUUAUCUAUCCUGGAAGCUACUGUAUCAAGAUACGUUGAAGACCUUUCAACUAAGAAGAUAAAGUUGUUGCUGGCAGAGCUAGAACGAGAUUUGGACGAAGCACCACCUUACUUGUUCCCGCAUAUCUUCAUCUUCCUAGCAUUGAUUCUCGGUGCAAUACUCUCAUCUUCGGUUCCAAAAGUGCAACAUCUGACCAUCGAUGCAAUCAGUAUCCUAUUCACGCUCUUUCAGCGACGACCGCACGACGUUAAUAGCGUUUUGGACGUUCUCAAUCUGAUACUUGACUUGUCCGUAGCAGACAAUUCCAUCUGGCUCAACAAUUCUCGAGUUUACCUUGAAACCAUCGAGUCACUCUGUGAGAUGAUCACAAUUCACAUUGAUGAUAAACUCCAAUGGACCGUUAGAAUGGCUUUGCAUCAAUUGAUUCUUGAGUGUGAUAUCUCACUUGUUCAAAGCAAUAAGUCCACUCUGUUACAAGUGCUACCUUCACAUACAAAACGUCUAAUCCUUUGCAUCUAA